UCUCUCUCUCUCUCUCUCUCUCUCUCUCUCUCAAUUUCCCCAAAAUUUUCAAAAUCCCUUCUCCGUCACCGGGAAAUUUCAAAAAUGCAAACUCCGAUUUGUAAACCCAAGCCUCAGAGUCACCUCGAAUUUCUGAAACCGCUUCUCGAUGACUCGAUUAAGCAGCUCUUGUUGCAGUACCGAAGCGGGCGAACCAAUUUCUCCGAUUUCGACUCCAUCUUCACUCGUAUCCUUCACGAUCUUCAUGGAAAUCCACCUCUCGAACUCGUAUGGUUCUACUCCGCCGUCAGAUUCUACUCUUCCAGAUUAGCUUUCCGGGACGAUUCCGUUAGGUUAACUUCGAGCUUUUUCCAGCUGCUUGUUUCUUUCUCCGAUUCGUUUUCCGGCGUCAAGAAGGGUCCGGAAGAUGAAGCUCUUUUAACGGAAAUCAUAACAGAUGAUGUGAUUAAAUCAGCAGAGAAGCUAUUCCUCAAUCCUGGAAGUGGAACUUCACAAAGAAGUUUACACUUGAAGAACAUUGCUAUUAAUUGGUUGUUUCUUUUUGUCAAGGCUUUGGCUUCUCUGAGGAGAAAUAAAGAUCAAGAAAAAACCAUCAGCUACAUACGCACGUUCUCCAAUUCACAUAUUCCUCACCACUUGAUCAAUUGGGUAAUCAGUCAAGGUGAAGUGAUUAGAGAUGCAGACGCAUUGAGAAACUUGACUCCCGCAUCCUUCAUCGAAUGGCUUGUAACCCUUGAAGAGCAAGGACUAAGGGUGUUUGACUGUGACCAUUCCAAAAAGUAUGCCAAAACUGUGAUUCACAUGUCAAGACCAGAUCUCAGUCUCGGAGCCACAUUGCAGAAACAACAAGAAGAGUUUGAUCAAGAUGCAGACAUGGCUGAUGGAAACACUGUGUCAUCUAUCUCAAUUCUCAGCAGCAACACAAGAAAGCGUAAAGAAGAGAGGCAUAAUGAGGGAGAAACGAAAGUGAAGCUCUUCAAACAUAGACACAGCAACAUUCAAGAGAAGUCCAAGUGUCAACCUUUUGUCUUCUCGGAUAGUUUGGUGAACGGGACUGAGGUUGAAGUAUCAGACAUGGAGCUAUGAAUCUGGACCAUUUAUAGUUAAUGAAAUCGGCUUAGUAUUAUUAUAUGGUAGAGAUGUAAGAAUGCUGCUGAAGUAAUUGUUGUCUAGAGAUUAUAACAAGUUCACUUUUGUAACUAUUUAGAACCUUCUUAUCGUAAUGUAAACUCGUGAGUCUGGAUGAA